AUGUCUGAUAUUUACGAAAGGAUCAAUAAACUUAGUCUCAAACAAGAAGAAAUUAUUAAACUCAAAAGUUAUCUAGUUGGAAGUCAAGAAAUAAGAGAACAAUUACACUUGGCCCUUGCAAGUUGCAAAUCGGAAGAAGAAGAAAAGGGUGUUCUACAGAAUUUGUUUCAUAAUAUUUGUGAUUCCACUACGAAUCCUGUUAAACAAGCGCGCGAAAUUGAUGACGAAUUGUAUUUUUCGGUAACAAGUAUGCUUAGUAAGAAACCAGAUUUAUUUAUAUACCGCGAGGAUUUGUUGGAUUAUAUUAAGCGACCAUUCAUCAGUGCGAUCGAUAUUUUCCAAAUGAGAUAUGAUCGGUAUUUUAAAUCAGAACUCCCUCAAGAGAUUUUGAACAAUUUCUUCGUGAGCUCAUGUAAUGCUUCCAUGAGA